AUGGCCUUUCGUGCCCCAUUCCGGUCGAUGGCUACCGCUGCUCGCCAUACUUUGAAGAUAGGUCUGAUCCCCGCAGACGGCAUCGGGCAUGAGGUCAUACCUGCAGCGCGCAGUGCCAUUGAGGCUCUCGGCUCGGACGUCCCCAAGCUUCAGUUUGUAGACUUGCUGGCGGGGUUUGAGCUCUUUGCCAGGUCAGGGACGGCUCUGCCUGAGGAGACUGUUGAAGCUCUGCGGGAGUGUGACUGUGCACUCUUCGGUGCAGUCAGCUCGCCGUCUAGGAAGGUUAGCGGGUACUCUUCGCCGAUUGUCGCGCUCCGCAAGAAGUUGGACCUGUACGCUAACAUCAGGCCGGUACUUGCUGUGGCUCCGACUCCCGAGGAAAGGCCGAGCGUCGACUUAGUUGUCGUACGCGAAAAUACGGAGUGUCUGUAUGUCAAAGAAGAGACAAUCAUUCCCACUGAGAACGGUAGAGAGGCUCGUGCUAUCCGCCUCAUCACCGAGCGCGCCUCUCGCCGGAUAGGCAAAAUGGCCUUUGAGAUUGCACUCCAGAGGCCGCGCAAGCAAGUGACCAUCAUUCACAAGGCGAACGUCCUGUCUGUUACGGAUGGUCUCUUCAGGGAGAGCGUGCGCAGCGUUCCUCGACUUGCGGAGGACGGAAGGUACGACAGUGUGAAGGUGGAGGAGCAGAUCGUCGACAGCGCAGUGUACCGGUUAUUCCGAGAGCCCCAGAUUUACGAUGUCAUGGUCGCGCCCAACUUGUAUGGCGACAUUCUAUCAGACGCUGCUGCGGCACUCGUCGGUUCACUAGGCCUGGUACCUUCCAUUAACGCCGGUGAUUCCUUCGUGAUGGGCGAACCAGUACACGGCUCUGCACCCGACAUCGCUGGGAAGGGUAUCGCGAAUCCGCUCGCAGCCAUCCGCUCUGCAGCGUUGAUGCUGAAAUACCUCGGGUACACUACCGGCGCGUCGCGGAUCGACAAAGCAGUUGACGAGGUCAUCCGGGACGGACGUGUGCUCACGCCCGAUCUAGGCGGGAAGAGCAAGACUCAGGAGGUGACGGAGGAAGUGCUGAAGAGAAUCUGA